UCGAGCAUCAAUAAGUGUGCGUAUAUAAAAGGCAAAUGAGAGAAGAUGCACUUAGUUAGUUUUUAGUUUUCUUUUGUGUUUAGGAUAACUUUGGCGCAGAAUGAAAUUUUCCAUUCUGUUGGUCGCCCUGUGGACGACCCAGCUUAAGGCCGACGAUGUUGCGGAAAGAGGACAAAGAGUCGCAAGGCAAACCAGUGCUGAUCAAAUGGUCCAAAACAUCCUUCAAUGGCUUCAAGGAGUCUACACACAGAACAGUAGGAAAAUUCGCCAAGGCACUCUUCGUGAAUACCUGCCUCCGAGCAACACGCAAAAACCACGACCAUUCGAACCACAAGGCUACCCCCCAUCUGGGAUCACCCCCCAGCCCCCGUUCCCCAUCUACACCAACCCCACGACAGGAUACCCCUCCCCCACCAACGAGAUAACCCCACCUCACACCGGCCCCCCGCAACCCCCUUUCACAGGAUACCCCACCACGGGAUUCCCCGGAAGCACGGGAUUCCCAACCCAACGCCCGACAGGGUACCCCACCCAGAGACCCACCUUCCCGUCCCAAAGACCCGGAUUUCCCACACAACCGCCGACAGGGUACCCCACCCAAAGGCCGGGAUUCCCCACACAACCCCCGACAGGGUACCCCACACAAAGACCCACUUUCCCCUCCCAAAGGCCGGGAUUCCCCACACAACCUCCAACCGGAUUCCCCACCACUCAACCUCCCACUCCUGCACCGACGUACGGUCCACCAAUCACAACACCUCAAACCUCCACUGGUACCCCAAUAACCUCGGCCCCCUCCACUCACUUUACCUCCCCUGCCAUAACAACCGAAGCCACGCCCUCGCCCGAGGAUAACAACAUAGUGCCAACCACGCGGCCUGGACCCACGGAAAUCCCCCAAACGCCACAGCCAGGCGUACCAACUGAUGAGGAUUUGAAACACCCGCCACAUAUUCACGCAAUUGAUGUCGAGUGCGCCAAAGACAUGAUGACCAUCACGAUUGAAUUUAACCGCGAGUUCAAUGGAGUGAUUUACUCCAAAGGCUACUACAACAUGCCUGAAUGUCGCUACGUGAACGAAAAUUCCGAAAUGACGAAAUACCGCUUCACCGUCAGUUUGAACUCUUGUGGGACUGAAUUUAUCAACGCGUUUGAUACUCAAGGACAGUCGUACCUGGAGAACGUCCUCGUGAUCCAAAACGAGCAAGGGAUCCAGGAGGUUUGGGACACAAUCAGAGCUGUGAGGUGCCUCUGGGAGGGCAACCUGAAGGACUCCCUCAGCGUGGCGCUCAGCGUGGGGAUGCUAAGCCAGGAGAUUGUGACUUUCAGUGGGGACACCGCCAUGGCCAAGCUGGACAUCCAACUGGGCAAAGGCCCAUUCGCGCCCCCGGCCAACGGUUUGGUCAAAAUCGGGGAGCAAAUGACCCUUGUUAUCUCCGUGACCGGAGACCCCGGUUUUGACAUCCAAGUCAAAGACUGCAGGGCUACGGACUCGACCGGCGACCGCGUGUACCCCCUAACCGACGAAAACGGCUGUAUUCUCAAACCCAAACUAUUUGGCGCGUUCCAAAAAACACGAAACACGGGAAAUACCGGCGCUUCCAUCAUUGCCUACGCGUUUUUCAACGCUUUUAAAUUCCCAGAUGUGAUGGAUUUGAUGAUUCAGUGCAACAUUGAGCUUUGCAAAACCGACUGUCAGGUGUGUCCAGAGCCCAACCAGCAAAUCGAGCCUGGGAGGAGGCGCAAACGUGACCUUUCGUACUAUAAUAACACUGACGGGGUCACAAUGGGGAAGCACCUGAGGGUCGUUUUGGCGGAGGAUUUGAACGAUAUUGGCAAUACUGAGGCCGCGUUUGAGGGGGAAGUUUGUAUGACGACGCAGAAUUUUCUACUAGUUUCGGCGAUUUUGAUCUCGCUACUCACUGCCAGUAGUGUACUAAGUGCUUGUCUCUGGUUGAAGAACCAACGGAUUGCUCACAAAGGGUGACAACUUUACCACAAUCCUGCCAAUGUAGUUCCGUCCAUUAAGUUAUUGUGACUCCAGUAUUUUAUUUAAGUUUUUUAAUUAUCGUAGGCCCAUAUUUAUGUAAAUACUUGACUAAUAAAGUAAGAAUUUUGUA